AUGCCGCGCGUUACUGAGAACGGGAAGUAUGAAUGCAGAGGAUGUCGCAAGGAAUAUGUAAAACACCAGAGAUUUUGGGACCACACACAUUCAUGCAAAUCGAACCGCGAUGCAUACCUUAAGAUCCUGGCUUUGGAAUUGGAUCCAGAAGAUACACAAGUGCAGGAGGACCUUGGGAUCACAUACGAAUAUGUAUUGAAUCCAAAACUCCUCAAUGAGGCUGAAAUGGAAGUUGUUACUGAGAUGAGACGACAAGCGAAUAAAUGGGGUAGUACACAUCUGACUCCGGAAGUUGUGCAAAAUCUUGGUAACUGGUCUGAUGGGGAAAUUAUGCGUGCUCUGAUCUCCAAGCGUAAAAGGACGCCUGCCGAAGAUGAUCUGGACGUAUCGAAUUUGGCACCUCUGCCUAAUCCAAACGCAAGCGUCACUUCACACAGGACAUAUCAUGCACCCAGUCCGCCGCCACUUGAAGAUCUUCUUGCCAGCCCGUCAUUUACAAAUCCUGUGAAUCAUCCACCAGCGCUCAACAUCACACAUCCACAAGUUUACGCUCAAGAUCAAACCUCAGACACUGUCAACCACAGCAUUCCUCAACAAUCACUUGAGAUCGAGGAUUCAGUCUACCUAGGGGAUUUUACAAGUAGCUUCGACCUAGCUUUUGCAAAGUGGCUUGAUGAGGAGAACAUCUCGAAGGCUGCCAUUGGUCGUUUGCUCAAAGAUCCUGCUAUGCAGCCGAUAACGAGCAAGUUGAGCUGGAAGUCUGUGUCCAAGAUGAAGAAUCGAUUGGAAAGUGUCGAGUUCCACGAGGAUAGUGAGUGA